AUGCUACCGAUAAAAGUUCCAAUUGAAACAAGUAAAUUUAUAAUCAAUUAUAAAUGUGAAAUUCAAACCAAUCAAGAUUUAUUCGAUAUCUCAUUGAAAAAUUUAUGCCUUACUGAUGCUAAACAACCAUGUAAUGAAUUAGAGAAUGCGGAAUUUGCCAGUACUAUAGAACUUUUAGAUGAUAAUGACAUGAUUCGAGAAUAUCCAACAGCUCUUAUAAAACAAUUUGAUUGUGAUCAACAUUAUGAAUUUUGCGAUGUUGAGAUACAUUUUAGAAUGAUAGUUUUAAAGGAAUUUAUUAAUGCAUUAGGUGUAAAAACUAAGAUUCAAUCAAUUAAUGAGACCGCUAAAUCAAUUGAUGAAUUCGUUAAAGAACCUAAUGUUAAAUUUAAAGAUCAAGAAGAAUUUAUCGCAAAGUUUGUUAAAUCACCACAAAUUGAAUCGGCUCAAAGGAUAGCAAACGUCAGUGUUAAUCUAUUUACUUUAGGAUUUCAACUAAGAGGAUCCAAAUCUGAUGAUGAUGUGAACAUUUUAGAAACCUCAUUAAAUCCUUAUCAAAAUGGUGUUAGUAUGAAUAAUUUUAAUGCUAGUAUUUAUGCUAACACCAAGAAUUUCUUAAUGGUUUCAACUUUAACAAACGGUAAGACAUUAGAAGACUUUAUGGGUAAAUUUCUUAGUCUAUUUGGUCUUAAAUUAAUUUCUUUAUUGGAAACUUUGGGGUGA